CCUUUUUUCCACAGUGACCAACUUUCAAAUUAGAUUUUUGCUAAUAAAGAAAUAAAUGGCGGACCGCAAAAUUUCCUAACAAUAGCGACUGCAAUUUUAAAUAUUUUGUGAACAAUUAAAUAUAAAACUAAUAUCAUCAUGAUGGAAAUAAGUCGUACAACGCUUGGUAUUGCAGUCGGCCUUGCAGGAACGUUAUUUCUAGGCUAUUGUGUUUAUUUUGACCAACAACGUCGUAAGGAUCCCUUAUUUAAGAAGAAGUUGAGAGAACGUCGUGAGAAAGCACAAAACAAUGCCACUAAGUCGCGGAAUCUUGGUGGGCCAUUACCUGACAUGAGUGAUCAUGAGGCCAUGCAGAGAUUCUUCCUGCAACAGAUCCAACUCGGUGAGGAGUUGUUAGCAGCUGGAGACUUGGAGGCGGGCGUGGAGCACCUCGGACAGGCUGUCACAGUGUGUGGACAGACACAACAGCUACUUAGUGUCCUCCAGCAGACAAUGCCAGCACCAAUCUUCCACCUACUUCUGAAAAAGCUUCCGGAGGUCUCGGAACGUCUAAGAGCAUCGAUGAGAGCCAACAGUGGCAAUACGUUGCAAGAGGAAGAUGUGGAAUAAAAUGUUAUUAAUAUUUCAAAUUAUCUUAGUGAGUAAUACUUUGUGCAACAAGCUUAGAUUGUUAGCAUGUUUGUGUCGAGUGACACAAAAGGCGUUUAUGUCGAGUCCAUUUUUAUAUGCCAUAGUGAACACUAAGUAUAUCCACGUAUGCAGUUUUCAAAUUUGAAAUAAACAUUUGCAUCGAAAUGUCUAGUUUUUAAAGUUAGUGGUAAUAAAAGAUAAAAAAAACCUUUUUACAUGUCUUUUGUGUCACAAAUCAUAGCUUGUGUAGAAGUAUACACUGCACUAAAAUAAAUUGAAUUAUUUAUAGCAUUUUCGGCCUAACAAUAAUUGGGUAUCGUUAAGAUAAUCAAAUGUAGAGCAAAUUUUGUAGCAUGAAAUUGUAAUGUGAAAAAUUAAAGUUUUCGAUUCUUAUCACAUUUAUUUAAAUGUUAUCUUUAGACGUUAGAAAUUAAAGAUAAGAAGCGGUAAAUUGUUUGCGCUAUUACAGUUAUUUAAAUACCGAAUUAUUAUAAUGUUAGGCUCGAGUCACUGUUAGAUGAUUGGCAAAUUAACAGACUUAACAACAAAUUUAAACUUAACUAUUCUGUUUUUCUUCUUUAUUUCUCUCUGUUUAUGACAUGUUAUUAAAAGCUUAAGUUAUUAUUUACAUACAAGUAUGUCUUGCCUUAAUAUUUCGAGCUUUUAGCAAAAAGAUCUUUCUGAUUUUCUGUUUUCAAGUUAGGGCUGUGAAAGAUUGUGGAACCGCCAAAUAUCCUUCGAUUGAAGAGGAAGAAACGUUACAUAUUUUUUAGUGUUAUUUAGGUUUUAUUCACAACUGAUAAGGAUGCUUGAGUUUUGAUUGAUUUUAUUGUGAAAUAAAAGUAUUAUACAAUUA